UCCUGGCAACCCUGGACCGAGCCUUGCAGGCGGUGGUAGGCGCCCUUGCUUUCGCAUUGCAUCCUGGCAUUCGGCAGUUCCGCUGCCAGUUGGUGCGUUGAUCUGGGCCAUAUCCUCCAUGGAGUCCUCCAAGGAUGCCCAGCACAGUGAUGUUCUAGAAUUUAAAGGUUGCUUGGCCAACAGGACGUCUUCUCAUCAGAACAAAAGGACUAGCCUCUCAUCUUCUGAUGGAACAGGUCCAAGAGUUACUGAGUCCCCAGGCCUCCCCCAGGUGUUGACUCCCUCUGACACGGCUGCGGGGCUGGGUCAGAAGACCUCCUCUUCUUCAUCCUCCUCCUCUUCAUCCUCCUCCUCCUCCUCUGCACAGUCUAAUCUCUCCUCGAAAGUUUCACUGCCUGAAAUCCAGAAGGAAAAAUAUCCUGAGGAAUUCAGCCUGCUCAAGUUACAGACAAAAGAUGGGCAGCGUCCUGAGUGGACAUUUUAUCCAAGGUUCAGCAGCAACAUCCACACCUACCAUGUUGGAAAACAGUGCUUCUUCAAUGGGGUCUUCCGGGGCAACAGGAGGUCUGUGACAGAGAGGACAGUGGACAAGAGCCUUGGGAAGAAGAAAUACGAUAUUGAUCCCAGAAAUGGAAUCCCCAAAUUGACACCAGGGGAUAAUCCAUACAUGUUCCCAGAACAGAGUAAAGAGUUCUUCAAAGCAGGAGCAACUCUGCCACCGGUGAACUUCUCACUGGCACCUUAUGAGAAAAAAUUCGACACAUUUAUCCCACUUGAGCCACUUCCGCAAAUUCCCAAUUUGCCUUUCUGGGAGAAGGAAAAAGCCAACAAUUUGAAGAACGAGAUAAAAGAAGUGGAGGAUCUGGACAACUGGCAGGCGCCGAUGCCCUUCCUACAAAGUUUUUUCUCCGCUGGUGCUUCCAACUUUUCAAGACAACACUGAGCAGAGACAUGAGCCCCCAAGCAUGCGCUGACUGGCUUCUCAGCCGGCCUCUGCCAUUGCUGGGUUUUUUUUUUUUUUUUUAUUCGUUGCUUUUGACACUGUCUCUGUCCUAAACCAAUUGUUUGACUCCAAUGAGGAAUCACUAUGUUUGGCCUUGUUUAACACUCAACUGUGAAACCUUUCAAGAUGUGUAGAAAAGUUGCACUAAUCAUAAAGCAGACACCUGGGCGUCCUC